UCAUCAUCCAGCGCCCAUUCAGCGGGACCGUCGCUCCAUUUGAAACAUCGACAACAGCGCCUGAACAAUUCGAUAAUUAUUUCAGCGACAUUCUCGUGUUUAGGGUGAAUCGACAUGAUCGAUACGAUCGAGAAGGAGGACCCGGUCAUCAGCGAGGAGGAGGCGGCACAGUACGACCGUCAGAUUCGACUGUGGGGGCUGGAUGCUCAGAAGAGGUUGCGAGGGUCUCGUGUGCUCCUGGCAGGUUUAGGUGGUCUUGGGGCUGAAGUGGCCAAAAACCUCAUCCUCGCUGGAGUUAAAAGUCUCACUUUGUUGGAUCAUGAACAGGUGUCAGAGGAGACAUGUCGAGCUCAGUUUCUGGUUCCAGUGACAGCCCAGGGUAAGAAUCGGGCCCAGGCCUCUCUUGAACGAGCACAGAAUCUCAACCCAAUGGUGGAAGUCCAUGCCGACCCAGGCAGAGUCGAAGACAAACCAGAUGACUUCUUUCUGCAAUUUGAUACAGUGUGUCUGACGGGCUGCUCCAGAGACCUGAUGGUGCGGGUCGACCAGCUCUGUUCUCAGCGCAACAUCAAGGUCUUCUGUGGUGACGUCCACGGUUACUAUGGUUACAUGUUCUGCAACCUUGGAAAGGAGCACAACUAUGUUGAGGAGAAACCUAAAAUAGUGAAACCCACUGGAGACGGCCCAGAGGCAAAGAAAGCCAAAGUCGACCCGAACGAGACGACCAUGGUGAAGAAGACAUCCAGCUUCUGCACGCUGAAGGAGGCUCUGGAGGUUGAUUGGACGAGUGAGAAGGCUAAAGCCGGUUUGAAGCGAACACCAGUUGACUACUUCCUUCUUCAUGUUCUGUUGAAGUUUCGCACAGACAAAGGUCGUGACCCGGACCCACAGUCCUUUGCACAGGACAGUCAGCUCCUGAGACAGAUCCGUGAUGAUGUCCUCGAGACCUUGGCGGUCAGCAGUGACCUCCUGAAUGAUGACUUCAUCAGCUACUGCUUCUCUGAGAUGUCUCCAGUGUGCGCUGUGAUGGGGGGGGUUCUGGGACAGGAAGUUGUCAAGGCUCUUUCCCAAAGAGAUGCUCCUCACUGCAACUUCUUCUUCUUCGAUGGUCGUAAAGGCAACGGCAUGGUUGACUACUUUGGACCAAACCAGUCACCAUGACCUGUGUGUUCGCUCGGAUUAUUUAUAUCAGUACUUGCUCCACACGUCAUAAGAUUCAACCUGUUUUUCCAUCUUAUUUUGUCAUUUGAUCAAUUUUCUUGAGCAGAACUGAUAUUUUUGUUACAUUUACUAAUAAAACACUGUUUUUUAAAAUGA